CCGGUUCACACUACAAAAUGCACAACAGUCACCGAAUCAUCAGCUUUAUCAUUUAUCUCAUGGCACAAAUACUCGUGACCUUAAGCACACCGUUGCCCACAAUAGAAACAUUAGGACCAAUCGCGGCAUUGGACUAUGCGCAACAACCCAAUGAAGUGUUACCCAUCCAGCCGCUGCUACUCUAUCCGAUACCACGAAACUUGCAGCUACAGGGACGUGAACUCGACGACGACGACAACGAAAUAAUUUAUGUGAAACUAUUGAAGCGCAAGGCCUACCGCCCAGCGAAGCAGCAUCCCAACGAAGUAGAAGAUGGGAGCAACAGCCCGCGUGAGCUCACCAUGAAGGAUAUAUUCUACGUGAAGGCGCUGACCAAUGGCCAGUUCAGUCAUCAGCGUCUCAAAUUGUAUCGGCUACCGGAAUUCUAUGCGAUUAGUGUGUUCAGAAAAGCAGCCAAACUGUGAGCACUUCUAUUUUAAGAGACACUCUGCAGUAGAACUAUAAUUAAUUUGUUGUAUUUUAUUUUUACAUUGUAGAUGAUUAGU